AUGGGAUGGCCGCGGAAUCUGGGGACGGCGGCAGCAGCGGCGUCGAUCCAAUCUCGGUGGUUGAUCCUGAUCCUGGCGACGAUUCUGGCGAUGGCGGCGAUGGUGACGGUGGGGGCGGAGGACGCGGUGAAGUGCCUGAAGGGGGUGAAGGAGUCGCUGCAGGAUCCGCAGGGGAGGCUGUUCUCCUGGAGCUUCAGCAACAGCUCCGUGGGGUUCAUAUGCAACUUCGUCGGCGUCUCCUGCUGGAACCUCCAGGAGAAUCGGGUUCUGAACCUCGAGCUCUCUUCCAUGGGGCUUGCCGGCGGGAUCCCCUCCGCCCUGCAGUUAUGCUCCUCCAUCACCCACCUCGUCCUCUCCGGCAACUCCCUCACCGGAAAGAUCCCCUCGGAGCUGUGCCAGUGGCUCCCCAACCUCGUCUACCUCGAUCUCUCCGGCAACCGGCUCUCCGGGGAGAUCCCGCCGGAGCUCGCCGACUGCGCGUAUCUCAACACGCUCUUCCUCUCCGGGAACGAACUCUCCGGCGCCAUCCCCUCUCGGUUGUCCGAGCUGAGUCGGCUCCGGGAUUUCUCCGUCGCCAACAACAGACUCUCGGGAAGCAUCCCCUCGGUGCUAGGCUCCUUCGCGUCCUCCGAUUUCGAGGGCAACUCUGACCUCUGCGGCGGUCCCCUCGGUCGCUGCAGCGGCGGCCUCAGCCGGCGGAGCCUCAUCAUUAUCAUCGCCGCCGGGCUGUUCGGUGCCAUCGUCUCCUCGCUCGUCGUGCUCGCCAUCUUCCGCUGGUAUGUCGUCCGCCCCGCCGGCGGAAGACGGCGGACGACGGCGGAGGACGCCGGCGGCGCCGCCGGCUGGGCGGAGCGGCUCCGCCCCCAUCGUACGGUACAGGUCUCGCUCUUCCAGAAGCCCAUCGUCAAGGUGAAGCUCGGGGACCUCAUGGCCGCCACCGGCGACUUCUCCCCCGACCACAUCAUCUCCUUCUCCACCGGCCGGGGCGGCGCCACCUACCGGGCCGUCCUCUCUGACGGCUCCGCCCUCGCCGUGAAGCGCCUCCCCUUCUGCCGCCUCCCGGAGAAGCAUUUCCGCCUCGAGGUCUCCCGUCUGGGGCAGCUCCGCCAUCCCAACCUCGUCCCCCUCCUCGGCUUCUGCGCCGUCCUCGACGAGCGCCUGCUCGUCUACAAGCACAUGCCCGGCGGUUCCCUCUCCUCCGCCCUCCAUUCCCAUCCUUCUUCGGCGGCCGCCGCCGCCCUCGACUGGGCUUGCAGAGUGAGGAUCGCCGUCGGCGCCGCAAGAGGGCUCGCCUGGCUCCACCACGGCAUCCAGCCGCCGCUCCUCCACCAGAGCUUCAGCUCCGCCGCCGUCCUCCUCGACGACGACAUGGAACCCCGCAUCACGGACUUCGGGCUCGCCCAGCUUGGGGGGAGCUCCGGCGCCGGCGACGGCGGUGGCGCCACCAGCUCCCUCGUCAACGGCGACUUCGGGGACUUCGGGUACGUCGCUCCGGAGUAUCACAGCACCAUGGUGCCCUCCAUGAAAGGGGACGUCUACAGCUUCGGGGUCGUCCUACUGGAGCUCGCCACAGGGCAGCGCCCCAUCGAGGUGGUGGUGCCCGUUGACUAUGCUGAGGAGGGCUCCUUCAAGGGGGGCCUGGUCGACUGGGUUAAUAUGCUCUCAGCCGCCGGCCGGCUCGCCGACGCCAUUGACGGACCUCUCCGAGGUGGGGGACAUGAAGAAGAGAUCUUGCAGCUGUUGAAGGUCGCCUGCGGCUGUGUGGCGGCCAGGCCCAAGGAGAGGGCCCCCAUGUACAAGGUCUACCAGUCGCUCAAGGCCAUUGGGCGCUCCUCCCGCGACGCCUUCGACCAGUUCGACGAGUUCCCGCUUGUCUACGCGAGGGAAGACCAGGAACCCCGUUGA